AUGACGCCAUCAACUGGGAGUUGCAUUCCACCCGCAAAGCGGCGCAAGCUUGACGACAAAGCUGCAGGUGAGCUCGAGAGCGCCACGACGUCUGGAAGCCUACACAGGCCCGUUAGCCCGCCAGUUUCUCGACGCAAAACACCUGUACCGAAUUCAGCUUCGCAACUUGCCCCCACCCCAACCUGGAAAUUCGGUGACGUACCUAAACAAACAUUGCCACUUCCACCGUCCCAAUCACCCCCACAAGGCAAGCACGUCCAUCAAACCGAUGUAAGCGCUGGUGGAGUCUUGGAAGAUGGAAAGCACGAUGGAGUAGCUGAAAGCAACGUCGAGUACAUCGCGUCACCGUUCAAGCUCACCAAGAUUCGUGAUCUGGCGGCACAUCAGAAUGUCGAUACCGUUGAGCUUAAGGAUAUACUGGGUGAUCCGUUGAUCAAGGAGUGUUGGAACUUCAACUUCCUGUUUGAUAUCGAUUUUUUGAUGCAACAAUCUGAUGAAGACAUAAGAGAUAUUGUCAAAAUCAAAAUCGUACAUGGCUUCUGGAAGCGAGACGAUGAGAGGCGGAUCAACCUGAUGGAAACAUCAGAACGACACCCUAAUAUUGAGCUCAUCAACGCGUAUCUACCCGAUCCCUUCGGGACACAUCAUUCGAAGAUGCUUGUCCUCUUUCGACAUGAUGACUGUGCCCAGAUCGUUGUCCAUACUGCUAACAUGAUCCCAAAGGACUGGACGAAUAUGACACAAGCAGUAUGGCGGUCACCAAUACUCCUACCCUCAACUGCAACUGCAACUGCAGUACCUUCAGGGCCACACGCCAUCGGAAGCGGUCAUCGUUUCCAAGUCGACCUCCUUCGCUAUCUGGGUAACUAUGAGAAGCGCCUACGCAGGCUGAGCGACCAGCUGGUCGUGUACGACUUCUCCUCCAUCAAAGCCGCAUUCUUGGGCAGUACACCAUCAAGACAGGUUGUCAGUAAGACAAAUCCUACACAACAGACUUCGUUCGGCUGGCUGGGUCUACAGGAGAUUCUGAGCAACGUGCCCAUCACAGCACAGAAGAAUUUGACAACGUCACCGCACAUUGUGCUCCAAGUCUCGUCAAUAGCCACGUUAGGUGGCGCACCUACAUGGCUCUCACACUUCCAAUCUGUCCUUGCGCGUUCACACUCCCCACGACAGAUCCUACCCAGGACAAAGCCGAGAUUCAACAUCAUCUUCCCUACGCCAGAAGAAGUGCGCACUUCCCUCGACGGCUACGAAUCUGGUGGCUCAAUCCACACGAAAGUGCAGUCUGCGCAACAGCAAAAACAACUCCAAUACCUCCAUCCCCUGCUCUGCCACUGGAAACACCCUGCAUCCCACACCUCGUCAUCUGCAGCAGCAUCAACUAGACGUGAAGCACACCGCGGCUCCGCAGCGCCACAUAUCAAGACCUACAUCCGCUUCAGCGACACCGCGCACAAGACGAUCAACUGGGCACUGCUCACGAGCGCGAACCUGAGCAAGCAGGCGUGGGGCGACGUGACGAACAAGCAGGGCGAGGUGCGGAUCCAGAGCUACGAGACGGGCGUGCUGGUCUGGCCAGCGCUGUUCGCGGAGCCGGGGCGUGGGUCAUGUAUGGUGCCGAUGUUUGGGAGCCUUUUGCCAGGGGUUACGCAUUCGCUCGAGGUCGACGACGGAGACGGAGAUGUGGAUGAAGAAGUGGACGAUGCAGAAACCGAAGACGAAACAAUCGACGACGAGGAAACGGAAGACGAGGACGUUGCAUCGCACACUCAGUCCCAGUCCAAACUAGACAAGGGCAAAGCGCCCAUGCAGGACAGGAACACCGGGAAGAGACGCAUCGUCGUGGGUCUGCAAAUGCCCUACGACCUUCCACUGAGCCCGUACAGUGUGACUGACCAACCAUGGUGCGCUACGCAGUCCUAUCGUGAUCCAGACUGGAAGGGUCGUACCUGGGGCGGGUGGUGA